CGCAUCACAGUCGGACCGCUGAGCAGCGCCAAGUGCAGGCAGCCAAACGAGCAAAAGCAAAGAGGAGAAAAGGACGAGGAGGGGGAAACAUUCAAUAUAAACCGCGUCAACUAUGACCAUCCACGCCUCUAAGUAGAAGGACACGACGCUCACACCAAACAAACCGAGGAUGAACGGGACUGCUGCGGCCACAGGAGCGGCUUCUUGCCGUUUCGCCCACUAUUUUGUUGUGUGUGGAGUGGAUACAGAGACGGGCCUGGAGCCCGACGAUUUAGCAGGUGAGGGCUUUGAGCAGAGCCCCAUCCGAAGGUCCUUUAAGUCAAAGGUUCUUGUCCACUAUCCUGAAAACACAGACAGGAACCCCUUCAAUAAAGAUGCUGUCAAUAUGCUCUGCAUGCCGAGGGGUCUGGCCUUCCGUACGCAGGCAGACAGCCUUGAGCCUCAGUUCCACUCCUUCACUAUUGCGAGUGACGAUGGCACGCGCUCCUAUGGCUUUGUCCACACCUUCUACGAGGAGGUGACAAGCGCUCAGAUCACCACUGCCAUGCAGACGCUUUUCCAGAUGCAUCAUGUCGAGCACCAUUCCUCCUCUUCUGCCUCCUCUCCCUCCUCCUCCUCCUCUUCAUCUGCCUCCUCGCCCUCCACCUCCAGCAUGGACUCACUCGUAAGCAGCUUGGAUGAGUCGGACGCUGAGUCCCUGGCUGGGGUAUCUGGCUGCCUUGGCUGCGCAGGCUCCUUUGACCCGGCGCGGGACACCCUGUACGUGUCCAAAGCCCUCUGCCUCCUCACGCCUCUCCCCUUCCUUCAAGCUGCUCGGCAGUUCCUGUCUCAGCUGCACCAGGCUGUGACUUCACACACGGCCCCGCCCCUCCCUUUAGAGAGCUACAUCCAUAACAUCCUGUAUGAGGUGCCCUUGCCUCCCCCUGGCAGGUCCCUGAGGUUCCAUGGGGUACAGGGGCCCAUCAUGUGCCAGCGGCCAGGCCCGGAUGAGCUCCCACUUGGGGAUUACCCGCUUGGAGAGGCGUUCUCCCUGCUGGGUGUAGACAACAUGGUGCAGCUGCUUACCUGUGUACUUCUAGAGAUGCAAGUCCUGCUCUACUCUCAAGAUUAUCAGCGUUUGAUGACGGUGGCAGAGGGCAUCAAUACCUUGUUGUUCCCGUUCCAGUGGCAACACAUCUAUCUGCCCAUCCUGCCUGCACCCCUGCAUCACCUCUUGGAUGCCCCUGUGCCAUUCCUCAUGGGUAUCCAGCGGAGAGAUGGCACUCAACGAUCCUCCCUCCACUUGCCGCAUGAGGCCAACCUGUGUUUUGUGGACAUUGACAACCACUGUGUGGAGGCACCUGAGGACCUUCCUUUGUUUCCAGACCAGACUGAGCUAAUCCAGGAGCUGAGUGAGGUCCUGCUGCGUUUUGGCCUCCCUCCACAGGGCGGUGUCAUGACUAAGCCUGUCACCACUUCCCCUUGCCUCAGCAGCCUGGUCCUGGAGGACCUGAUGGAGGACAGGAGGAACGGCAACCUUGGAGGGGAGGAACUGGCUGUGCUUGAGAGGCUGCAGGCGCUGGCAAGGAGGUGUGGAGGACGAAAACUGUCAGACGGAGGGAAGACACUGGGACGUGUGUUUGAGGAAGAGGAGGAAGAGCUCAGGUCUGCAAAGAUGAACAUGCAGCUGAGGGAGGUGUUUGCCGGCCGUUUUGCUGCCAUGUUUGGCAGAUAUGAGGAGUUUGUGAUUCACAGCGCUCCUGAUCUGGACUCCUGGUUGAGCAACCGAGAGGGAACAUUCAGCUUUGACAAGGGCUCCUUCCUCUCUGUUCAGCCUGUGACUCACCUGCACUUUAUGUCCCGCUUCCUGGAGACGGCCAUGUUUUCUUCUUUUGUGGAUGGGAAGGUGAUAUCUCGCUGGGCAGAUAGGGAACCUUUGCAGCAGCUGUUCGACAGCCGCCUGGUGAGGGAACGACUGUACGACACCGAUGACGAGGAUUCUCGCAACUGUCGCUACAGGAAGUGCACCGUGCUCUUUGAAUCAGCCCAGGCCAUCGAGCGCAGACUGCUGAAGGCAGACCAUACAGCCAUACACCCCCACCUGCUGGACAUGAGGAUCGGCCAGGGGCGUCACCAGCAGGGCUACUUUCCCAAGCUGCAGGCCGAUGUUCUUGCGCAGGGUCAAAACACCAACAAGUGGUCCGGCCGUGUCACAGCAUCACGCAGGACUGACCCCAAGAGAUCAACACCCACUGAAUCCUCAACACUGGACAAUGAACAGAGACAGAAGCACACAUUUUGGAGGAAGAACCUGCGUCAGUCUAAGCUGCUCGACCUCUCACCUGUGGCCGUCACUCAGACCCACCGGGAUUUCGUCGACGGACUGCUGAGGGAAUGCCGCCUAAAGACCAAACGAAUGUUGAUGGAGAGGAUGGGGAAGGAGAGUCUGGAACUGGGUCAGGGAGAAGCCAACAUUACGGGCCUGCAGGAAAACACACUCAUCCACGGUCUGUGUGACCUACUGGAGAGAACCUGGGGCCAUUGUCUGCAGCUAAAACAGGGGAAGUCGGCUCUGUGGUCCCAUCUGCUCCAUUAUCAGGCUACAGAGGGGAAGAUGGAGGCACCAGCUGAGUCCCCAGUGUCCAACGGGUUGGACCAGAGAACUGCUGAUGAUGGCCAUGUGCUCCUGAAAGGAUCCUUGCUGCAGGAUAUGAGGUUUGUCCAGACAAUGAGUGAGAGUCUGUCUGAGGUGGGACGGGCCCGAGCCUGGAUCCAUUUAGCCCUGGAGAAGAAAAUGCUGUCUCAGCACCUCAAAGAGCUGCUCACAAACCAGGAGCUGCUCAGGCAGCUGUAUAAGCCCCAUGCAUUCCUGCUCUGCGAGGAAGAAAGGGAACAAUUCUUGUUCCACCUGCUCUCUCUCAACACUGUGGACUACCUCUGCUUCACACGCGUCUUCACCUCCAUCAGUAUCCCAUACCGUGUUGUUAUAAUGCCAAUGAAGAAGCUUAGCAUUGCAAUGGCAACAGUAAACCCUUGGGUAUGUGUGUCAGGAGAACUGGGUGAUUCAGGAGUUAGACAGAUCCCGAAAAAUACACAAGAGAUCUUUUUCCAGGUCAGUAUACAGCAAGUUAUGUUCUGCUCAACACGCACAUAUGAAAGAUGCACCAUCAAGCUCCAUGCAGACACAUUCUCAGUUCUGGUCUAUGUGCCUUUUCAGUGCAAGAACCUGGGCAGAUUGAGCACUCUGCAGCUGGGACAGGAGAACUCUGGUUUGCUGGCCAAGUGUCUGAUUGACUCUGUGAUGGUGUAUAAUGAGAUCACUGGACACACCUACAGGUUCCCAUGCGGCCGCUGGCUGGGGAAGGGCGUGGGUGACGGCAGCUUGGAAAGGGUCCUCAUUGGUCAGCUGGUGUCACCAGGUGGAGAGGAGGAUGCUGGGAGGUGGUCGGGGACGCCUCCAGAGCUGGCUUCACCAUCUCAGAGUGUACGGACAGUGCUGGGAUCACUUGGUGGCCGCAGCAGAAUGAUGUCUGUUGAAGUGCAAGAGGAGAUGAGAGAGGCAGCAAACAACCUUGUCAAACAUUUCCACAAACCAGAACAAGAGAGAGGAAACUUGACAGUGUUGUUAUGUGGUGAAGGGGGGCUAGUGCUUUCCUUGGAGAAGUUUCUCCUCCAUGGAAUGAAGUCCAGCCGUCUUUUCCAGAGGAAUGUGUUUGUGUGGGACUUUGUGGAGAAGGCAGUGGUUUCCAUGGAGACAGCUGAUCAGAUGGGCGACCUGCGCGGAUCAACAGAACCAAAGGGCCUGCCUUGUGACUCACUGUGCCACUACGUCAAUGCUAUCAAUGCCUCACCGCGAAACAUCGGAAAGGAGGGCAAGUUCCAGCUGCUGGUCUGCCUGGGAAUCAGGGACCGGCUUCUCUCUCAGUGGCUCCCCCUGUUGGCAGACUGUCCUCUGUCAGCGCGGACUUUCGAGGAGGGCGCUCUGCUCCGGGACCGCGCGGCUGUACAGUCCCUGUCCCGCAUCCUGCACACACUCCACGAGUUCACCAUCACCCUGGAGACGGCCCUGGUUAAAGGGGUCGACCUCUAACGCUGAAAAAAAAAAAAAAAAAAUCACAAGCGCUACGGGAUGCAGAUUUUGACCCCCGCUCCAUAACUCACUGCAAGAACGGUGACAGGUUGGCCUCAGCGGUUUUGGAUAUCCAGCUCUCCAUGUGUGGGAAAAGAAAGUAAAUUUAGACAACUGAAAAAAAAAAUCCAGGACCUGCAUGUUCAGAAGUGAGACUCUGUCAUGGAAAGGACAAUGGACCUGCUGAAUCCACUGGGACCGGGUAAUCGCAGGCCACAAGCAGCUCCUGCUUCAAACAUUUAUUGCCUUGUUCACUGAUGUAAAUGUCCUAUAUAUUUGCUUAAGGAAAUAUUGUUUGAUUUUCCUAUGCUUGUUUACACUGUGAUAUUCUGUUUCCUCAAGAAGAAAUAGAUGCCCUUUCCUUAUCUCACGUCUCCAGUACAUAUUUUCACAGCUCACAUCAUGAACUUGACUCUAGGACAGUUAUAAGUCUCCUACUGUUACUGUAAUGCUUGCACUUGGAAUUUUAAACUAAACACAUGCAUGGCCAAAUCUGUUAUUUUUGCCUCAGUGUGUUGUGAUCCAGUGUUUUCUGAAGUCACAGGACUGAAGCCACACUAUAGCUAUUUUCCUUGGCUUUGUUAAUGGGGUGCCUAAGUAAGUGUACUCAAGAAAGAGGAACUGUCCCCACUAAAUAAUGACAUGUUAAAUUGUUUUAUCUUAUGACGCUCUUGCUAUAGUGUAACUUCUAGUCUGUUCCUUAUUGUUCAAUUCACUUCUGGGUCAUUACAGGGUCGCGCUUCGUCUGCUCUCAAAACGCUGAGCCAGUGAAACACUGAAACCAAACUUGUGUCCUAAUUGUGUCAGUUCAAAAAGUCUUUGUCACUGUCAAAAAGCCUUCGUCUCUCUCACUGUGAAUAUUUUGCUUCAUCAAAUCUUUGACAGAAUUGUGCCCAUUUGUUAUAUCGUGUUAUCGAUUAUUGUAUAUUUUAUAUAGAAUUGCAUCUUGUUUGUGUCAGUGUAAAACAUAAUAUUCAACUUUUGGCUCAUUUUACUGAUUAUAUGGGUAAUGGACAUGUUUGUUUCUAAAUCCCUCAGUUGUCUCUGCAAGGUUGAGCCAGAAUAGAGCACAGGUUCUUGACAAGCUAUGUAUUAUGUUGAUGUUGCAUUUAAUUUGAUUAAUUGUUCAAUAACUAUGGAAAUGCUGUCUCCUGCACUGUCCUGCAAGCACUAUCUAACCCACAAUGACCAAGCCUCUAUUAUCAUUCAAAUAUAGAUUAGAGUAAGCAAUAAUGAAUUGUUGUUAUUUCGAUAUUUAUGAAAUGUGUUGUUAAAGAUUAAAGUUAAUAUUGACAUAACUGA